AUGAGGAGGAAGAGGAAACGUAAAACUGGUUUAAUAAAAAAUAUGUUUAUUGAAAAUAGUGUACUGUACAACCCUAUAAUUUCUUAUAUUGAGAAGCUUGUUACACACCCUGACUUUGAAAAGGUGACAGAUCCUUCCUUAUUUGACCCAAAUGAAGAUGUAUUAGAUUCUUUCACAAAGGGUGAACGUUUUAAGAAGAGCAAAUUUUUCAAGAAGUUUCCAAGAGCUUUAAGGAUACAAUUGUAUUAUGAUGAGUUCGAUCCUUGUGAUGCCAUCGCCACCAAAGCUGAUUUUAUUUGUCUUGUCGCAUUGUGCAAUGCCAACACGAUCAAGGACGUUGGGAUUGAUAUUGUUAUGCAACCGAUUCUUAAUGAUCUUAAAAAAUUGGAGAAAGGCAUUCGUCUUAAAAGUGGACUAAUCAUACAUGGAUCAUCAAUAUCAGUUAAUGGGGACAACCUAGGUACUCAUUGUAUCUGUGGAUUCAAAGAAGGGUUUACAGCAAACCAUACUUGCCACCAUUGCAUGGUAGAUCAAGACCAGCUCCACACAAUGACAAGAGAGAAAAAAGACUUGUUAAGAACAUCCGAACAAUAUGAUAAGCAGGUGGCAGAGAUGUCAGCAGCGUCAUCAAAGAAGAAAAGAGAAGAAUUGAGCACUAAAUUUGGAGUUAACCGUGGUUGCAGUUUGAAUGAACUACAAACUUUUAAAGUAAUAGGAUCCGUAGUAGCGGAAACCAUGCAUGACUUGAACGAGGGCUGCUUAAAUGUUCAAGUACGAUAUCUUUUCUCCCACUUAAUGUCUGGUGAGAAACCUAUUAUGACUCUUGAUUGGUUGAAUGAGGUCCUUGCAGACUUUGACUAUGAAUACUCAGAAAUUUCAAGCAAAUCAUCUUUAAUUAGAAAAAGUCAUGUUGAAGGUAAGGAGAGCAAGCUGCACCAGAAUUCAUCUCAAAUGUGCCAACUAGCAAUGACAAUACCUUUGAUUUUGGGUCCUCACGUUCCAGAUGAUGAUCUGCACUGGGAAAAUUUUUUGCUGUUGAUUCAAAUUUGUAAAAUGGUUUAUUCUCCUGAAAUUCAUCGCCAUGAAAUAGAUGAACUCUCUGAUGUCAUUGAACUAUAUCUGUCUGGUUUUCAAAAGUUAUAUCGAGAAUUAAUUCCUAAACAACAUUUUUUGGUGCAUUAUCCUCGGCUUCUUUUAGAAAACGGAGCCUUGACCCUCUACAACUGUAUGAGAAUGGAGGCAUUUCACCGCCAGUGUUAA